GCGCAUGCCAAGUCUACUGGAAUAUUUAAGUUACAACUGUAAUUUCAUGGGUAUCCUGGCAGGCCCAUUAUGCUCUUAUAAAGACUAUAUUACUUUCAUUGAAGGCAGAUCAUAUCAACUGACACAGUCCGAAGCAAAUGGGAAAGAAGAAAUAAAAUACGAACAAACAGACCCCUCCCCAAAUAUAGCUGUGGCGCAGAAACUUGUAGUGUGUGGACUAUCCUUAUUAUUUCAUAUGACUGUUAGCAAAACUUUCCCUGUAGAAUACAACAUUGAUGACCAAUUCAGAGCAACAGCAUCUUUUCCUACAAAGAUUAUCUACCUAUACCUGUCACUAAUGGCUGCCAGGCCGAAGUAUUAUUUUGCAUGGACUUUGGCAGAGGCCAUUAAUAAUGCAGCUGGAUUUGGCUUUAGAGGUUACGAUAAAAACGGAGUCCCACACUGGGAUUUGAUUUCAAAUCUACGAAUUCUGCAUAUAGAGGUUAGUUGAAAACUUUCCAAAUUU